CCAUUCAUGAUUCCACCGCCUCGCUUUCCUUGUCGCCGCCCGAAUCACGUCAUUUUUAGCCCCCCUCUCAUUCCUUAACCCUUGCCUGUUCUAUUGAAGUCUCUUGCGCUUUUCUCCUCUCCUACUCCUAACUCCCUCCAAUCUCUCUUCUUUAUCCUGUUCGGCAUGGGAAACAAGAUGAAUGCGGUUGUGUUGUGUUUCUUUUUGUCAAGCUUGUUGCUUUCGCUGGUUUCCUGCGAGCCUAGUGAUGGGCUGCGUAGGUUUGGACUGAAGAAAGUAAAGUUGGACCCGAACAACCGGCUUGCUGCUCUGCUUGGGUCCAAGGAGGGAGAGCCGUUCCGAUCCUCCGUUAGAAAGUAUCAUCUCCCAAGUAAUCUUGGAGAUGCUGCUGCGGGCUCGGAUAUUGUUGCGUUAAAGAAUUACUUGGAUGCUCAGUACUUUGGUGAAAUAGCCAUUGGUACUCCUCCUCAGAAAUUCACUGUUAUUUUUGAUACGGGGAGCUCUAAUUUGUGGGUGCCAUCAGCCAAAUGUCAUUUCUCGAUUUCAUGCUUCUUCCAUGCCAGGUACAAGUCUAGCCAAUCCAGUACCUAUAGGAAAAAUGGCACUUCCGCUGCGAUCCAGUAUGGCACUGGAUCAAUUUCUGGUUUCUUUAGCUAUGACAAUGUCAGAGUUGGUGACAUGGUUGUUAAGAACCAGGAAUUUAUUGAAGCAACAAAAGAGCCUGGUGUUACGUUUUUGAUGGGCAAAUUCGAUGGUAUAUUAGGACUUGGAUUUCAAGAGAUCUCAGUUGGAAAAGCCGUUCCAGUGUGGUACAAUAUGGUUAAACAAGGUCUUAUUAAGGAACCAGCCUUCUCAUUUUGGUUGAAUCGCAAUCCAAAGGAGGAGGAAGGGGGUGAGAUUGUCUUUGGUGGUGUUGAUCCUGCUCACUACAAGGGCAAGCACACUUACGUACCUGUAACACAAAAAGGCUAUUGGCAGUUUGACAUGGGAGAUGUCCUCAUCGCUGGCGAACCCACUGGAUAUUGUGCUGAUGGCUGUUCAGCUAUAGCAGAUUCAGGAACUUCUUUGUUAGCUGGCCCAACGACCGUAAUUACCAUGAUAAAUCAUGCUAUUGGAGCUGCUGGAGUCGUUAGCCAAGAAUGCAAGGCAGUUGUUGCACAGUACGGACAAACAAUCAUUGACUUGCUUUUAUCUGAAGUAAGAACCAAAAAGAUCUGCUCCCAAAUAGGAUUGUGUGCCUUUGACGGUACUCACGGCAUUAGCAUGGGCAUUGAGAGUGUGGUGGACAAGAAUGAUGGAAAAACAUCUGGUCUUGCGCAAGAUGCUACUUGUCGAGCAUGUGAGAUGGCUGUCGUCUGGAUGCAAAAUCAGCUGAAGCAGAAUCAGACACUGGAUAGAAUACUAAAUUACAUCAACGAGCUCUGUGAUAAAAUGCCUAGUCCAAUGGGACAAUCAGCCGUUGAAUGUGGAAAAAUCUCAUCAAUGCCUACUGUUUCCUUCACUAUUGGUGAUAGAACCUUUGAGCUUGCGCCACAGGAGUACAUACUCAAGGUGGGCGAAGGCCCUGCAGCUCAAUGCAUUAGUGGCUUUAGUGCUCUGGAUAUCCCCCCGCCGCGUGGCCCUCUCUGGAUCCUUGGGGAUGUGUUCAUGGGCCGAUAUCACACCGUGUUUGAUUUUGGAAAGCUGAGAGUGGGGUUUGCUGAAGCAGCAUAAAGAAAGUUGGUUGUCCCUCAAAAAACCAUAUGGCUAUUUGCUUGUGGUUUUUGGACCCUUCCAAUCCUGACAGAACUUAAAUGUUAUGGCUUUGUAUAUAUAGUCGAUUUCCUUGUAAAAUUCGCUUCACAAAGGCGUGUGGGUCUGCGGCCAAAAUGUGUGACUAAUCUGCGGAUAAAAUGCUAAGCUAAAAGGGUUGCAGAUGUGGCUCUCGGGAUUUCUUAUUUA